AUGAGUAAGAGUACGGACAUUAGAAAUUUCUUUGGAAAGAAGUCAGCAGAGAGUCCUGCCAAAAAGACACCACGGAAGCGUCGAAUAAUUGAAGAGGAAGACGACGAGGAUUUUGCACCAAGGUUACAGCAGCCUGUGAAAAAAGAGGAAGACGACGAAGAUUUUAUACCAAGAUUCCAGCAGCCUGUGAAAAAAGAGGAAGACGACGAAGAUUUUGUACCAAAGUUCCAGCAGCCUGUGAAAAAGAAAGAUUCUGAGCCAGUACGCCGUGGAGCUAAAAGAAAGAGUAAUGAGUUUGCCACAAUUGCUGAAGGCGCGAAAAAAGCCAAGAAAAAGGGAAAAUCGGACGAUGUAUCGACUGAAAAGGAAGGAUUAGAGGGAAAGACAUUCGUAUUUACUGGUGAUCUUUCUUUUGAACGUGAUGAAGCACAAGAUAUGGUUAGACGUUAUGGCGGUCGUGUGACAGGUGCACCAAGCUCAAAAACAUCUUAUCUCGUAGUGGGUGAAGAGCCGGGACCCAAAAAGAUCGAGAAAGCCAAAGAACUCAAUAUUCCAACUCUAAAUGAAGAAGAAUUUCUUGAUUUGAUUAAAAGCAUAGAAAAAAAAAAAGCUGAAUCUGCUGUUAAGAAAGAAGAUUUGCCUGAAGACAAGUCAGAAGUUGUUAUCGUUUCUCCGUCAUCAUCAACCAAUGAAAAUAUAGUUGUAGACUCUCCAUCUGCAGUCGAGUCGAAAUUAUGGGUGGAUAAACACAAACCGAAAACAUUAGCUGAAUUGUGUGGUAAUAAAUCUGCCAUCGAAAAACUUCAAAAGUUUCUUUGUGAUUGGGAUAAAAAUCAAAAGAGAAAUUUUCCGAGCGGUUCCAAAGACGACCUCAGUGGAUUUAGGGCAGUUUUGAUUUCUGGCCCACCCGGGAUCGGAAAGACAACAGCUGCUCAUUUGAUCGGUGAACUUGAAGGAUACGAAAUCGCAGAGUACAACGCCAGUGAUGUCCGGUCUAAAAAAUCCUUGGAGGUUAUGGUAAAAAUUGCAACAUGCAAUACGUCAAUUACUAGUUUUUAUCAUCAUGCUUCAAGUGACAGUAAAGCUCCCGAGACAAAGCACGGUCGUCCUCUCAUAAUCAUGGAUGAAGUGGAUGGAAUGUCGUCCGGAGAUCGUGGUGGAUUAGCUGAGUUAAUGUUGUUAAUUAAGAAAACUCAAGUGCCGAUCAUUUGUAUUUGUAAUGAUCGGGCUUCUUCCAAAAUGAGAACUUUGGCAGGCUCUCCCUUAGUUUGUGAUUUACGAUUCCAAAGACCUCGUGUUGAGCAUAUUAGAAGCCGUAUCCUGUCUAUAGCUUUUCAAGAACAUCUUAAGCUUACUGGUCCUGUUGUAGACGAGUUGAUCCGUAACUCGCGUACUGACAUUCGCCAAGUACUGAACAUGAUGUCUUCGUAUAAGCUCACGAAUAAUUCGAUGGACUUUGACCAAGGACAGGAAUUAUCAAAAGCAUCGGAAAAGAACGACGUUUUGAGUCCAUGGGAUGUCACUGCUAAAUACUUCAGUCCAGCUUCGUGGAGAGAAAAAAACAUGGAUAUAAACGAAAAAAUUGAAUUGUACUUCCAUGAACCUAAUCUUAUUCCGUUGAUGAUUCAGGAAAAUUAUAUAAAAACAAAACCGACUCGUGCCACGGAUAUAGCAAACAAAACUGGUCAAAGUCUUGACCUUGUGACUUUAGAAUUACGAAGCAAAGCUGCUGAUGCUAUUUGCUUUGCGGAUAUAGUAGAUGCAAAAGUACACAGCACUCAGCAAUGGAGCUUGAUGCCAUUCCAUGCAGUAAUGUCAUGUUUGAUGCCCGCAUCUUAUAUUCAUGGUUCGAUGUCUGCUACGAGCUAUUAUGGCGGUGGUCCAAUUGCAUUUCCAGGCUGGUUAGGUAACAACUCGAAAGCAAAUAAAUACCAACGAAAACUUCAGGAAAUACAAAGUCGCAUGCGACUAAGGAUAUCAGGUGACAAAAAUGAAGUCAGGCAGAGUUACAUUCCUGCUUUGAUUCCUGCCUUGACAAAACCGUUGAUUGAUCGCGAAAAUGAUGGGAUACCAGAAGUGAUAGAAAAAAUGGACGAGUACUUCUUGACCAAGGAAGAUUGGGACGUGAUGCUUGAAAUGGGACUUGCGCAUAACGAUGGCGAUAAAAUAUUGAAGAGGAUUCCCACUUCUGUCAAAUCAGCCUUCACAAGAAAAUAUAAUAGCUCUUCUCAUCCAGCUCCAUACACGCGGGGCCUUGUCACAGCCAAGGCAACAAAAGCCGUUGCUGGACCCUCGUCGAAAGAAGUUCCCGAUAUCGAAGAAGCAAUCGAAAUCGAUGAAAUUCUUGAAGAGGAAGACGGAUCAUCGAAUGAUGCUGCCGAAGAUGAUUUAACGCAAGAUAAAAACAUCAAAAGGAAAAAUGGAACUGGGAGAGGCAAAGCUGCUGCUAGUUCAAAGAAGGCCGCGAACGCUUCGGGAUCUAGAGGUGCACGUGGUUCGGGAUCGAGAGGAGGAAGGGGAAGCCGAGGUGGUCGUGGUAGGGGUAAAAAAUAG